CCUCCCUCCCUCCCAGCCGGCCGGAGAGCCAGCCACUCCGGGAGUGAGAUGGCGGACGGCGGCGCCGUGGCCGUGGGUGUCUCCGGAGGAGGCGGCAGCUGUAGCGGCCGUAGCAGCGCCGCCCCCGCCAAGUACGAGCGCAUCGUCACCCUCUUCUCCCCCGAGGGCCGCAUCCGCCAACUCGACUACGCGUGCAACGCCGUGAAGCUGGCGGGGACCACCUCCGUCGGCGUGCGCGGCGCCGACUGCGUGUACGUCGUCACCCAUCGGAAGGAGGACAAAUUGCAGGACAAGACGGCCAUCUCGCACCUGUUCGCGAUCACCGAGCGGAUGGGGCUGCUCGCCACCGGGAUGCCAGCUGAUGGAAGGGCAUUAGCUCACGAGGCAAGGAACGCAGCUGCAGAGUUUCGCUUCCAGUGGGGAUAUGAAAUGCCUCCUCGUAUGUUAGCACAAUGGAUUGCAGACAGAGCACAGAUCCACACCCAGCACGCUAAGAUAAGACCUUAUGGAGUUGUUUCUAUGAUCUUUGGAAUUGACGAAGAGGAAGGAACCCCCCAGCUCUUCACAUGUGAUCCAGCUGGACAAUUCUUUGGCCACAAGGCUACAGGUGCUGGUCUGAAAGAGAAGGAAGUUAUAAACUUCCUUGAGGAAAGAAUGAAGAGCAAUCCUUCUCUAUCAUCUGAGUCAACAUUUGAGUUAGUAAAAUGUGCGUUGGAACAUGUCCUGUGGGGGGAUUUCUAUACCCAAGAAUAUGAGAUUGGAGUUAUCAGCAAAGAGGAUCCAACUGUACGUCUGUUCUCAGAGAAAUUCGUACGCGGGCAGAGCUGAAAGAUGAGAAAAACAAAUUCCUCCUUACGUCUGGAUUUAUCACCGCUCUUUCGGAUCUUCUACAGCCAGGAAGUUCUGAAAAUCAUAACUAAUUACUGUACAGCAUAGUUAUGUAUGAGAAUGCUGAAGGCUGAAGCCGUCAGCUAUGAGUUGACCCCAUUUGUUUAUAGUACGGAUUUGCGAUACCAACUGAUGAUACUGUAACUGUCUACGAAGAUACUGCAUCCUCCUGCUCUUGUGUAACCUUAGCCAGAGAUAAGGCACGGCAAUAUGUUUGGCAGAAUUUACACCGUAAGUAUACUUU